AUGGAAGAAUUGAACAACAGCCAAUUUCUGUCAAAUCUGCUGAAAUCUGACCCAGCUAUCGGCACUAUAACUUUGGAACUGUCAUGUGAACUCUACCGCAUCUCCACAUUUUCUAAAUUUCCAAAUAAUGUGCCUGUUUCUGAGCGAAGCCUUGCCAAAGCUGGUUUUUAUUACACCGGUGUCGAUGACAAAGUAAAAUGCUUCACCUGUGGGUUAAUGCUAGAUAAUUGGAAAAGGGGAGACAUUGCAUUUGAAAAACAUAAGAAGCUAUGUCCAAGCUGUAGCUUCAUCCAGAACGCAAAUUCAGUCAAUCUUGGAGCAUCCUUGUAUUCAGCUUUCUCGCCUCCAAGUUCUCUGAACAGUCCGCUGCAGCCUGAAGAAGGUGUUAUAAACAUAUCUUACAAAAGUAUUCCUCAUGAUUCAGUUACAUCAAGGUCCGUGGAGGACAUGUCCCACCUAAGGAGCAGUGACAAUUCUUGCAUGUACACCGAAGAAGCCAGGCUACACAGUUUCACAAACUGGCAAGUAACAUUCUUAAAUCCCAGUGAACUUGCUAAAGCUGGAUUCUACUACUUAGGUCCAGGAGACAGAGUGGCUUGUUUUGCCUGUGACGGGAAGUUAAAUAAUUGGGAGCCUAAUGAUAACGCUUUGGCAGAACACCGCAGACACUUUCCAGAUUGUUCUUUUGUGAGCGCAGCUGCAAAGCCAUCGCUGAGAUCCAAUGUUUCUAAUGUUUGCAUGCAGACCACAUCUUCUCGGCUGAAAACCUUCUUAAAUUGGCCUUCGAGGAUUCCGGUGACACCCAAAAAACUAUCUGAAGCUGGAUUUUACUAUGUUGGACGGAAUGAUGACGUAAAGUGUUUCUGUUGUGAUGGUGGAUUGAGAUGCUGGGAGUCUGGAGAUGACCCUUGGGUUGAACAUGCAAAAUGGUUUCCAAGGUGUGAAUAUCUGUUGCACAUUAAAGGUCAGGGCUUUGUCCGAGACAUUCAAGAGCGGUAUCCACAUCUUCUAGAUCAGUUGCUAUCUACUUCAGAAUCUCAAAAUGAAGCCCAGUAUCCACCCAUUAUUCGCUUGGAUAAAGAAAGUAACCAGGAUGAUGAGACUUACAUGAACACUACAGUGGUCCAAGAUGUUCUGGCUAUGGGCUUCAACCGCCGAUUGGUCAAGGAAACCAUAUUUAAUAAAAUACUGACCUCAGGAGGGGAUUACAAAGAUACUGUGGAGUUGGUGACUGAUUUAUUGAGUGCCCAAAAAGAGCAGACUGAAGAGGAGAAAGACAGACAGUCGGAGCAGAAUUCAGAAGAUGAGGUUUCUGUAAUAAGGAAAAGUUACCUUGCCCUGGCGCAGAGAAUGACAUCUUGUCUGUGCAUGGCGAUUUCGGAUGAACUUCUGUCUGCACAGGUUAUAAGUUAUGAGGAGUAUGAUACCAUAAAGAGCAAGAAAACGCAGACUCUACAAGCCCAGGAUCUGCUUGAUAAAGUUUUGACCAAAGGAAAAAAUAUAGUUGAAACUUUCAAAAAGAGCCUUGAUGUCCAAGACCCCGGGCUGUACAAGGAAUUAUUCAUUGAACAGUCUUUGAGAAGUCAAGCAUCAGAUGACUAUUCAGAUUUGCCUAUGGAAGAGCAAUUAAGAAGAUUGCAAGAAGAGCGGACCUGUAAAAUUUGUAUGGACCAAGAAGUGUCCAUCGUCUUUAUUCCAUGUGGGCAUCUAGUAGUAUGCAAGGAUUGUGCACCAUCCCUACGGAAAUGCCCGAUUUGCAGAGGAAUAAUUAAAGGAACAGUUCGCACAUUUCUUUCAUGAAA